AGCCGCUCUGGCACACCCGCGCGUUCGCCGCCGCACUCGCACACCUCUUCACACACGCAGGCGCGCACGGCCGCCGCGAUCCGCCUGGGCCUCGUCGUGCGCAGAUGUCGCCGCCAGCCGCGUUGCCUGCGCUGCUCGCGCUGGCCGCGCUGCGCCCCGCCGCAUCCUCGGCUUCUGCCGGGUCGAAGCUCAAGGCCCCCUCCUUCAAGCAGUACAUCAAGCUGCACGGGCGAGACUACGGCGAGCCCGGGAGCAAGGAGUACAGGAUGCGCGCCGCGAAUUACGUGCCCGUCGCCGAGGCCGUCGACAACCACAACGACGACCCCUCGCGGACCUGGACGGCCAGCGUGAACAAGUGGUCCGAUUUCACGCAGGAGGAGCGCAAGGAGCUUUACGGCUGGCAGCACGACUAUUCCGGCUCAGUUGGCGGUGGCCAGGUGGCUGGCGCUUCAGCGCUGAACUUGGCGGCGCGAGCGCAGACGAAGCUCCCCGCGUCAUUUUCCUGGGGCCACCUGACCACGAUGCAGUCAGUCAAGGAGCAGGGCUCCUGUGGGUCGUGCUGGGCAGCCUCCGCGGUGAAGGUUCUGGAAACCCACUACGAGAUAUACAAGAAGAAGGCCAAGAACUUCUCUGUGCAGCACCUCGUGUCGUGCGCCGAAAACACACAGCAAUGCGGCGGCACGGGGGGGUGCGACGGUGCCACUUCGGACGUCGCAUUCGAGUACAUCAUGCAGCACGGCAUCCUCACAGAGGAGCAGUACCCCUACGCGGAGAAGAGCGAGGCGUGCCCAAGCGGCCUGUUGGCCGAGUCGACGCGGGCGGUUGACCUAGGCAUGCUUGGUUGGGAGCGCCUCCCAGCGAAUCUGUACGCACCCCUGAAGCACACCCUUGUGGAGCUUGGGCCAGUGGUCGUGUCGGUGGCCGCCGACAGUGGUGUCAAUGGUUUCGGCAUCGAGGUCUACGAAAGUGGCAUCUACAACAGCUGCAAUCGGAACCCGGUUUUGAACCACGCAAUGGUCCUGUACGGCUACGGCCAGACGUUGCAGGUGUCAGGGCCCGUCGAUUAUUGGCAGUUGCAGAACUCUUGGGGGAAGAGUUGGGGCGAGGGCGGCACCAUGCGCAUGCUGCGAAAGGGCGAGAACGCCGCAUGGGGGGAGGAGUUCUACUGCGGCGUCGACCACGACCCCCUCAAGGGGCCUGGAUGCCCAGGCGGCCCCGCGUCCAUCACGGUGUGCGGAACCUGCGGGAUCCUCUACAAGGCCACGUAUCCCGUCCUGCAGUGGAGGCCACCAGCGCCCUGGCAGCAGAAGGAAGCCGCCGCCCCAGAGCCCACGGCGGCCCAGCCAGACAAGACGAAGCGCAAGUUCAUAAUCAAAGACAUCUGAGCCCCCGCGCCCAGAUUGAGCGGAUGCGGAAAGAAGGAACAGAAAAUGGAAAAGGAGCUUGACGCAAAGAAGGACGUCCGCAAUCCAGGAUUCCCACUUAUGCUUCAUAGCAUCGGCCACGCAGCGAAUUCGGAACACCGUCGCUGGCAGCGAAUUCGGGAUACCGCUGUUGUUCUGGGGUCGAGGCUGAAUAAAGAGCGUCCCCUCCUCCAUCUCCUCGCCCUCUCCUGCUCUGAUCCUUCUUCUCCUCCUCCUCCUCGUCCUCCUCCUCCUUGUCCUCCUCGCCCACUCCCCCCUCCCCGCUCUCCCUGCUUCCC